ACAGAUCAGCGAGAGGCCGGCAGCGCGUGUGUGUGACGCGUUUUGCGCAUUUCCUGCAGCUCGCGCUCACUGACGGAUUGGGAGCGCGAGGGGACGGGAAGCGAGGGGCGCGCGCAAGGACCGAAAGGAGGAGGGAAAAAAAAAAAAAAACGGCAGCGGUGGAGCUCUGUGAUGUGUUUGGGGUGCUCGUGAGCCAGAAAAAGACCGCAGAGGCAGGUUUUUCUGCUUUUCCGGGAGUGUAGAGUCACGAGGUCGAAACGAGGGGAGAUUAGCCCGGAAAGGAGCCGAGCCGAACCGAGGCGGGCUGGGAGCGGAGCACCAAUCCCGGAUGGCUAGGCGCGGCUGCUCGGGCUCUCUCCCACCCUGACCCGGCGGAGACACUCAAGCCCCGGGGACUUAACGUGCGCGUGAGCCCGCCACUCCUCGGUUCUUCUCAUAUUUCGGCCCAUUUCCGUCAAAAAAAUAGUUUUUUUUCUCAGUUCGGAACCGACCGUAAACAAACAACCGCUCCUGGGGUGGGAGAGUCAUCCACAGCCCCAGAAGAAGGGUGUGAGCCUGCGUUUCCACUGCGCCUUUCAGCCUGUCGGAGGUCCAUUAGCCGCACUGUUAGUGCCCCGCUGCGCGUGUGCGUGCGUGUGAGUGUGUGCGGAUGACGCGAUGUUCUGAUAUGGCUGUUUUAGACGGAGUCUGGAGCGGCGUUAUGGGAUGUAGCAGCUUUGUGCUGUGACCCCGCUCACUGGAAGGAAACACUCCGUGUACGGGAGCAGGAACACGCGCGCACAGUAUUAUUAACGCACGCGCACACCUCCCAGCAGCCAUGCCCGUGUUCAACGGCGUGUUGAAGGUGCGAGUGUGUGAGGCUGUGGACCUGAAGCCCACCCCGUGGGCCCUGCGUCACGCCGUGGGGAAGAGCGGCUCCUUCCUGCUGGACCCCUACCUGGCCUUGAACUUGGACCAGACUCGAUUAGGCCAGACCGCCACCAGAACCAAGACCAACAGUCCGGCUUGGCACCAGGAGUUCUGCACUGAGGUCCGCGAGGGAAGGAGCCUGGAGCUGUCGGUUUUCCACGACGCCCCCAUUGGCUACGAUGACUUUGUGGCCAACUGCACCAUCCAGCUGGAGGACCUGCUGCAGAACGGAACCAGGCACUACGAGGACUGGAUUGACUUGGAGCCAGAAGGGAAAGUGUACGUGGUCAUUGAUCUGUCUGGAUCCUCCACUGAAGCCUCAGGAACAAACGAGAAUGAGGAGAGGGUGUUUCGUGAGCGGAUCGGUCCUCGCCGGCGGCAGGGCGCAGUCCGGAGACGCGUCCAUCAAGUCAACGGGCACAAGUUCAUGGCCACCUACCUGAGGCAGCCAACCUACUGCUCACAUUGCAGAGAUUUUAUCUGGGGUGUGCUGGGAAAGCAGGGUUACCAGUGUCAGGUGUGCACGUGUGUCGUCCACAAGCGCUGCCAUGAACUCAUCAUCACCAAAUGUGCUGGGAUGAAGAAGCAGGAAGACACAGCUGAGGAGGUGGGUUCACAGCGGUUCAGUGUUAAUAUGCCCCAUAAGUUCAGUAUUCACAACUACAAGGUGCCCACCUUCUGUGACCACUGUGGCUCCCUGUUGUGGGGCCUCAUGAGGCAGGGCCUGCAGUGCAAAGUGUGUAAGAUGAAUGUACACAGGCGCUGUGAGACUAAUGUAGCUCCUAACUGUGGUGUGGACGCCCGAGGAAUUGCCAAGGUCCUGUCUGACCUGGGAGUCACACCGGACAAAAUCUCCAACACCGCACAGCGCAGGAGGAAGCUGACUCCAGGGCAGGACCCUCCCCAGUCUCCUCCUGAGCUCUCUCAGACCGAGGAGAACAGCUUCAGUCAGCCAGCUGUUCCCACCUCCCCCUCGGAGCAGGACUUGGCAGAGUUAGAUCGCCUGCAGGACGCGCUGUCACUCGACCAGCAGGGACCCCAGCACUCCUCCUCCUCGUCCUCCUCCACCAACUCCUCUUCGUCCUCAGCAGCAAGGGAGAACGGACAGAGCCAGAGGAGGACCCUCAAAGACUUCAACUUCAUCAAAGUUCUCGGCAAAGGCAGCUUUGGCAAGGUGAUGUUGGCAGAGCUGAAGGGGACAGAGGAGGUCUAUGCUGUCAAAGUUUUAAAGAAAGACGUGAUCCUUCAGGACGAUGACGUGGACUGCACUAUGACAGAAAAACGCAUCCUGGCCCUCGCCCGUCGCCACCCCUACCUCACCCAGCUCUACUGCUGCUUUCAGACACGGGACCGUUUAUUCUUUGUAAUGGAAUAUGUGAACGGAGGAGAUCUGAUGUUCCAGAUUCAGCGAUCCAGGAAGUUUGAUGAGUCCCGCUCUCGUUUUUACGCCGCCGAAGUCACGUCGGCCCUCAUGUUCCUGCAUCGUAAUGGUGUCAUAUAUAGGGAUCUGAAGUUGGACAACAUCCUCUUAGAUGCAGAGGGACACUGCAAGCUGGCAGAUUUUGGUAUGUGCAAAGAGGGCAUCAUGAACGGAGUGACCACCACCACCUUCUGUGGCACACCUGACUACAUCGCUCCUGAGAUCCUACAGGAGCUGGAGUACGGAGCCUCCGUGGACUGGUGGGCUCUGGGGGUGCUGAUGUACGAGAUGAUGGCCGGGCAGCCUCCGUUCGAAGCGGAUAAUGAAGACGACUUGUUUGAGUCGAUUCUCCACGACGAUGUCCUCUACCCUGUGUGGCUCAGCAAGGAGGCCGUGUCCAUACUCCGAGCAUUCAUGACGAAGAACCCGGCCAAGCGUCUGGGCUGCGUGGUGAGCCAGGGCUGCGAGGAGGCCAUCAAGACCCACGCCUUCUUCAGAGAGAUCGACUGGAUUCUGUUGGAGCAAAGAAAAGUGAAACCACCCUUUAAACCCCGAAUUAAAACGAAGCGAGAUGUGAAUAAUUUCGACCAGGACUUCACCAAGGAGGACCCGGUGCUGACGCCCACAGACGAGGCCAUCAUCCGACAGAUCAACCAGGAGGAGUUCAAGGACUUCUCCUACUGCGCCCCGGAGGAGACGCACACCUAACCCACACACUUAUCACAGUAACGCUGAACCUGGCAUGCUUAGGCUCAGCAGAACCACAAAACCGUCUACAAAACACGUAGGGUCAAUCCUUUACUUUGAAGCUAUUGGUUGUUGUUACUUUUGGAAUAUUAUUUACUUGCAUUGUGUUGUUCUUGUUGCCUGGGUUUAUUGUGAAUAUGACUAUGAAGAUGAAUAUGAAUAUGCACACUUGUAACACAGAUUUCACACUACAGAUCGGACAUGCUCUCACACACCAGCGCGCCCAACAAGACCACACACAUCCACACCGCUUCUCUCUCC